AUGAACCAUUAUUGGGGAUCUUUUGAUUGGGAAAACACUUUUUCACUUUAUACAGUUGAUGAUUCUGCUGUUGUCUUUAACGAUGCACUUCCAAGCUCUAUCAACAAGUUUGUUCCCAAUAAAGUGUGGUCACCAUCUAAAUUUCCUAAAUGGACAUCCAGAUCUUUGAAAGAUCUUAUCACAAACAAAAACAAAGCGCAUGCAAUUUAUAAGCGAACCAAGUCGAUAUCGGAUUAUCUAGUUUUUUCUGAAUAUAGAGCACAAUGCAAACGCCAGUCAAAAGUUGAUAACUCUGUUCAUAUUAAUUGUACCGAAGUAGCACUGUCAUCCUCCCCUUCCAACUUUUGGAAAUUUGUAAAUAACCUGUGCCCUAUAUUAAAGCUAGUGCAGCAUACUAUAAAUUGA